AGAAAAUAGCGAAGAAAUUGCCCCAAAGUUUUUCUUCUCUCACACGUUUUCUUCAUGGAUCCGAUCGGGAUAUGACUCACGUCCCGGCAAUCGUCGCCGCCGAUGGCAACGGGUGUUACAGUGCAACGUCUACAGACGUAUCCGUAUAACCCGUUCCCAUACGAAUACGUAUUCGUACACCGCCACUUCCACAUAUAUGUAUGACCCAUCUCCUAGUCUUUUUUCUCUUUUCUUCCCCUUCCCCUCUCCAAGUAUCCCGUCCGGCCGUCCCCACCCGCAGCGAUGGACCCCGCGCCAGCGCCACCGCCCCCAUUUGCCGUGCACCUCGUCACCGGCAGCGGCGGCGGCUCCUCGCCGGAGCUCGCCCUCUUCCUCCGCUCCCUCGCCGCUGCCCGCGUUGUCGCCCUCGACGCCGAGUGGAAGCCGCGCCGCCGCGCCGGCCCUGUCGCCCCGUCAGCCCCGGGCGACGGCCCGUCGCCGACGUCCGCGCUAGCGCCACCGCAGUUCCCCACGGUCACGCUUCUCCAGGUUGCCUGCCGAGGCGGUGACGGAGAAGGCGAGGGCGGCGGCUGCGAGGUGUUCGUCGUCGACCUCCUUGCCGUGCCGCUCGCCGACCUGUGGGCUCCGCUGCGGGAGCUGUUCGAGCGGCCUGACGCGCUAAAGCUGGGGUUCAGGUUCAAACAGGACCUGGUGUACCUUUCCGCCACCUUCGCCGCCGCCCUCGGACGCGACGCCGGAUUUGAUAGGGUGGAGCCUUUCUUGGAUGUCACCAAUAUUUAUUACUACAUGAAGGGCUAUGACAGGCAAAAGAGGCUUCCAAAGGAGACGAAGAGUUUGGCAACCAUUUGUGAGGAGCUGCUGAAUGUAUCUUUAUCAAAGGAACUCCAAUGUAGUGAUUGGUCAUGCCGCCCCUUGAGCAAAGGGCAGAUACAGUAUGCUGCAUCCGAUGCCUACUUCUUGCUAGACAUAUUUGAUCUGUUCCAAGAAAAAAUCAGAAUGGAAGGAAAAUUUUCCCCUACAAUGAAACUAACUACAGACGAGUGUUCACCAAGGACGGUAGAGUGCUCAUCGUCUGGAUAUGCUAUCUGCUCUGAUGGUCAUUUGACAUCGAUUGUGCUGAAGUACAGUGAGAAGAUUUUAUUGACAGAAUCUGAUAUGAAAUCACGUUCCUCAAGACGAAAAGAGAAACAAAAGCUUCCUACUAAUGCCAGAUGCAAAGACAAGUUGGAUGCCGGUGCUGAAUGGCAGGGGCCCCCUCCAUGGGAUCCUUCUGUUGGUGGGGAUGGAUUCCCGAAGUUCUUAUGUGAUGUGAUGAUUGAGGGUCUUGCUAAACACUUGAGAUGCGUUGGAAUAGAUGCUGCCACUCCAUCUUCAAAGAAACCUGAACCAAGGGAGCUACUAAAUCAAACAUACAAGGAAGGGCGGAUAUUAUUAACACGAGAUGUGAAGCUCUUGAAAUAUCAAUAUUUAGCAAGUAACCAGGUAUACAGAGUGAAAAGCCUGCUCAAACAUGAUCAAUUGGCCGAGGUGAUUAAUACCUUCCAGUUAAAGAUUUCCGAGGACCGACUAAUGUCAAGAUGCUCAAAGUGCAAUGGUAGUUUCAUUCAGAAACCACUCACACUUGAGGAAGCUAUUGAAGCCUCAAAAGGUUUCCAGGUUAUUCCCUCGUGCCUAUUCAACCGAAAUCUGGAGUUCUGGAAGUGCACUGACUGCAACCAACUCUAUUGGGAGGGAACCCAGUACCACAACGCAGUUCAAAAGUUUUUGUCAGUCUGCAAUAUUAGUGACUGAGCAUGCUGUCUUGGAGCAUCUGUAAGCUAUAGAGAUUCCAUCACCUCCUCAUUGAGAGAAUCAACUUGUUGAUCAUCUGAUCUUGGGCUUCUAAUCGCGCACAAUGAGGCAGACCUUUCAUUUUACUGGUUAAUAGCAACCCAUGCUUCUUUUUCAGUAACUGGAACAGUUUCAAAAUGUGUUCGUGUUGUUUUGUAACUCAAUUCCAUUUUAUACUCGUUUUUGAAGAGGGAAAAAAAGGUUGAAAUGAUAGUGGAAUAUUGAUACACAAACUUUUCAUUCUAGAUUGUAAUUGUAAACCUGAAGGAAUGUCCAGUAUCUCUGUUCAAUC